AUGUUAACAUACAAAGCACUGAAUACAUUUAUUGAUGAUUUAUUUGCGUUUGUUAUCCGCAUGCCUACUCUGUAUCGAAUUGGAUGUCUACGUGACGACGUGAUAUUUUUCAUCUACUUAUAUCAACGUUGGAUAUAUCCAAUGGAUCCCAAUCGUAUUAAUGAAUUUGGAGUCAGUAAGGAGAUGCUCGACGCUCAUAUCAAAUGUGAACCGAAGCAGCCCGACCUCGAUAGCGAAACAACGCCUGCUUUAUCUUCCACUUCUUCGGAUCCAAAUCCAACCCUUUCCGAUUCUGAUGAUCAGAGUGACGUUACAUCGUCUGUGCGUAAACGAAAAUCAGGUUCACUCAAGAAGUGA